AUGGACACGGAGCGACUCGGAAUCGAUCCGUCUGGAGAAGAGGGGAAGGAAAUGAAGGCUCAACACCAACCCAACAAUGACUAUAUGCUACGCUACGCAGAGCACCUCAUGAAGGAAGCAAAGCGGGGGGAUGGAUAUCAAGUUGUUACUCCCAAAGUACUUGUUGACGUUGACAAUCUUCGUUUGAAUGGGAAGCACUACGGUACUUGGAGAUGUAGUAUGAUGGAACAUGUCCUAGAUAAUCUUAGAGGUGUGAUCUAUGGGCCACGCCCAAGUUUUGUGGUAGAAACAGAUGCAAGUGUUGAAGAAAUUGCUCGAUCAAUGGCUGCCGAAGAGAAAUGGAACGAGGAUGACACCCUGUGUUUUCAUACAAUCUUGAACCAUCUAUGUGAUGAUCUUUUUCUUCAUUACUCAAAGAGGAGGAAGGAAACAAGUGCCAAGCAACUGUGGGAUGAGCUGCAAUUGAGGUUUGGAGCACACGAAUCUCGGGUUCAAAAGUACAUGGAAUUUGAUUUGCUCGAGGAGGAGGAACCAAUGUGGGUGCAAGCUCAAGAAAUGGAUUCAUUGUUCUUCGCUCUGGUUAGGUGUAACAAAAUGGAGAUAGAUGAGGAAUUUCAUGUGAAUGCAAUCAUCUCCAAGCUCCCCCCAUCUUGGGAGGAUGUGUGCAUCGAGUUGAUGCGCGAGGAGCAUUUGCCUGUUACAAAACUAAUUCAUCGCCUGAUUGUUGAACAACAAUCACGCAUCAAUUAG